AUGCAUCGCUCGCCGAUGGAGCUCCGCGACUUGGUGCAGGUCUACAACGACAAGAAAGACAAAGGCCAAGGCCCGGAGUGCGACUAUGGCUUCAAGCUGAUCAUCAUCGGUGAUGCUGGAGCAGGCAAGAGCAGCUUCAUGCACCAGUUCCUCGAGGGAAAGUUCCGGAAGCAGUCGACACACACAAUUGGUGUGGAGUUUGGCACAAAGAUAAUUUCCCUUGGAAAUCGGCAGAUCAAGCUUCAGAUUUGGGACACUGCCGGGCAGGAGAGAUAUCGAGCCGUCACCCGAUCGUACUACCGUGGAGCGGUGGGGGCUCUGAUUCUGUACGAUGUCACCUCCAGGGACUCGUACAAUAACCUGCCCACCUGGCUGCAGGACGCACGCGAGCAGGCGUGGAAGGACAUCUCCAUCAUAGCAGUGGGAAACAAGCGAGACCUCAAGGAUGAACGCCAGGUCUCCUUUCUGGAAGCCAGCCGCUUUGCGCAGGAAAAGGACAUACUAUUCCUGGAGACCAGUGCUCUUACCGGGGAGAACGUGCAGGACGUUUUUCACACACUGGCGCAGCGCAUCCUCAACAAGGUUGAGGAAGGAAUAUGCGACAUCUCCGAAUCAAGGACUGGCGGCCCUUCCUCGCCUGACUUCAACCGCCCACCAGACAGGAGCGACCGCAUACCCCGCGGAGCUGGGUUUUGCCGCUGCACCGUACCGCGGUGCAUGGCUGGGUGA